AUGAAUGGAAAACCGCUUAAAACAGGAAGUCGUGUGAAAACGAUCAACGAUUUUGGCAUUGUCGUUCUGGAAAUAUCACCUUCGUAUCCUGAAGAUUCCGGCGAAUAUACGUGUCGUGCUGUAAAUAAGGUUGGUGAAGCAGUGACCAGUACACAGCUGACAUGCAAUCCAAAGCAAACAAUCAUAACCCAUUCACAACUGCCGGACAGUAUGUCAGGCGCACAUAAACGUAUAGUUGAAAUUGAAACGCCAAAAGCACCAGCGCCUGAGAAGCCAGAUUUGGAUUAUGGAGCGCCAAGAUUCCUGACGCAGUUGCAGUCGCUUACCGAUUUAUCGGAAGGACAACUGGCACAUCUGGAUGCACGUAUUGAACCAGUUGGGGAUCCAAAUUUGAAGAUUGAAUGGUUCCACAAUGGUCACCCAGUGGGACACACAUCUCGCAUGAAAUCAAUCCAUGAUUUUGGAUUUGUUGUUCUGGAAUUGACACCUGCCGAACCACAGGACUCAGGUACUUGGAUGUGCCGAGCAACAAACAAGAACGGUCAAGCAGAAUCAACAUGCGAGAUACAGGUGAAGGGUACGAGUGGAAUUGUCUCCGAUUGGCAUAGCACAGCCGAAGGCAAAGAUCGCAUUGAAAAGCUGGAAGAGUACAUACACAGGCCAAGAGAAGAACUGGAUCAGCCGGUACGGGAGUAUGAUGCCCCGUACUUUACCCAAGAACUUACUGAUCUUGGACAGAUGAAUGAAGCGGAAGCGACAGCAUUUACAUGUGUGUUGCAACCCAUUGGUGAUCCGUCUCUUCGCAUCGAAUGGCUCCAUAAUGGACAUGCAAUACCGUACUCGAAUCGAAUCCAUAUAUGUAUUGCUCGUAAUGCAAAAGGACAGGCGGAAACAGUUGGCCACAUUGAUGUUGCGUCCAUUAUAAAGAUCGAUUCACCUCAAAUUAUCCAGCCUUUGGUAGAAAGUGUCGAUGGAGUUGAGCAAGGUGACAGUAUUCAUCUGGAAUGCCGUGUGACACCAAUCAAUGACUCAAAAUUGACCGUUCACUGGCUCCGGGAUGGAAAGCCAUUGCCAGAGGCCUCACGUUUCAAGCCAACCUCCGAAUUUGGCUUCGUCACUUUGGAUAUUUUGUAUGCGUAUCCAGAAGAUAGCGGUGUUUACGAGUGUGUUGUCGUUAAUGACAAAGGCGAAGCAUCCACCAAAACUCAUGUCACAGUGCUGCCCAAAUCAGGCUUGGAAUUUGCUCCACAAGCGCCAGGAGCUGAUCUGGAAUACUUGGAAAAGCACAUACGUCAGCAUACUCGAGCACCGCUGGCACUCAGUAAAGUGGAUGCCUAUAGUGAGGCAGCAAAGCAACCUCCAAUGUUCAAAUCGGAGCUAACAAAUGUCGGUGUUGAGGAGGGUGAUUAUUGCCGCUUUGAAGCACAAAUUGCACCG